CCGGGUCAGCCCCGCCCCCGCCUCUCCAGCCUUCAUCCCGGUCGGAGGAGGAUGAGGAGUCCGCCGCGCGCUGCUCUGUGACGAGGCAGCUUCAGUGGAACGAACCGGAGUGGAACCGCCAGAGCCCGGUGAGCCAUGCCGCUGGUGAAGCGAAUCAUCGAGCCUCGGUACCUGUGCCGCGGCUCUCUGCCUGAUGGGGUCGCCAGUGAGCUGGAGUGCGUCACCAACAGCACGCUGGCUGCGGUCAUCAAACAGCUGGGAGGACUCAGUCGCCAUGCGGAGGACAUUUUUGGCGAGCUGUUCACGGAGGCUAACAGCUUCUACCUGAGAAUGAACAGCCUGCAGGAGAGAGUGGACCUGCUGGCUGUGAAGGUCACUCAGCUGGAUUCCACCGUGGAGGAAGUCUCGCUGCAGGACAUCAAUAUGCGGAAAGCUUUUAGAAGCAGUACCAUUCAGGACCAGCAGGUGGUGUCACGGAGCUCCAUCCCUAAUCCAGCGCUGGAGAUGUACCAACGCUGUGACAAGCCACCACCCCUCAACAUCCUGACAGCCUACAGGGACGACAAGAAGGCUGGUCUGAAGUUCUACACCGACCCAUCGUACUUCUUCAACCUGUGGAAGGAAAAGAUGCUGCAGGCCACCGAGAACAAACGCAAGGAGGAGCAGAGACAUGUGGAGGAGUCCUCAGGGCGGGAGGUGAAGAAGGUCCGGAAAGCGCGAAACCGGCGGCAGGAGUGGAACCUGAUGGCUUAUGACAAGGAGCUCCGCCCAGAUGCUCGAGUCACGCCAUCACCUCACCAUACAUCUGACGGCUCAGUGUCACCCGACAGGUCAGGGAUGUCAGAUGACCUCUCCUUCCCGGCCAGUCCUCACCACGAUGGGCAUGAUAGAAAAGAUCAUGCUGACAUGGCGACCAGUGGGUCUGGGCAAACUCAGUCAUUGGACCGUGCCCUCAGACCCACCUCCGCAGUAUCCGCGGCAACCGCUCGCCAGCACUCUCUGGGCCGCAACCAGCCGCAUCAGCAUCACCAUCGCCCACAGCUGCUCACUGGUCCAGCCAAUCAGAACGGAGCACGUUCCAACAUGGCAAAGGAAGCCAAUGAUCAUCAAAUCCCUCCGGCCCCUCCACCGCCUCCACCUCUCAUGCCAUCAGCAGGACAGGUGGUGUUUCCAAACAGCUCCAUCCACAUUGCUGCUAUGGCAACACCAUUGCACCCUGCAGCUGUGCCUGGUAACCAAGGUGGCACUGCUGCCCAGCCCCACCCCUAUAGCCCCUCCCCUCCACCACUACCCCCAGCUAACUACAUCCCCUCCCCCUCCCGUCCUAGCAGCCAAGCUCCCUCCUCUGCUGCUGCGCCCCCGGUGCCCCCGGCGGCGGAUGGCAGGAAGCUAGCAGCUGGACUGAACGUGCCAAUGAAUGACGCCCGCAGUGACCUCCUCGCCGCUAUCCGCAGAGGGAUCCAGCUGAGGAAGGUUCAGGAGCAGCGCGAGCAGGAAGAGGCCAAGAAACGAGAGCCGACAGGAAACGACGUUGCCACCAUCUUGUCACGACGUAUUGCCGUGGAAUACAGCGAAUCAGAAGAGGAGUCUGAGCCUGAGGACCAGGAGUGGUCCGACUAAGGAGGAGGAAGAGUGCGCCAGACAGGAAGUGACUCGUCAGAGAGCCGAAACUUCUUUCUUGUUUUCCUGUUUGAUGUUAAUGAGUCAGCGUGGCAUCCAAUGGUGUUUUAUGAACCUGCUGAUGGUGACACACAGAAACUUUAUUGACAGCAGCAGGUUUAACAGACGUUACUCAGAAAAUGAACCCUUGGCACAGCGCGCCCCUCAGGACGCCGACCGUCUGUGUUCGUGAUGAAACAAAAGUUGACCUGGAUUUAUGUAUCACUUUGCUGCUUGGACAUCAAAUGUCAUCAUUUUCAAUUUAUCAGAACUUUUAAAAAUACAUUUUCAGUUU